AUGUAUCAAAUAAAUAAUACCACCCACGACUCCUUCUUCUUCAUCUUCAUGGGCAUCCCUGGAUUUGAGGCCUAUCACAUCUGGAUCUCCAUCCCCUUCUGCUGUGUCUACACCAUCUCCAUCAUGGGCAACACUACCAUCCUCACUGUCAUCCACAAAGAGUCGUCUCUCCACCAGCCCAUGUACUUAUUUCUCUCCAUGCUGGCCCUGACUGACCUGGGUCUCACCCUCACCACCCUGCCCACAGUCAUGCAGCUCCUCUGGUUCAACUUUAAUAAGAUCAGCUUUGAAGCCUGUUUUGCUCAGUUCUUUUUCCUGCAUGGGUUUUCAUUCAUGGAAUCCUCUGUCCUGCUGGCCAUGUCCUUUGACCGCUAUGUGGCCAUCUGUCGCCCACUCCAUUAUGCCUCCAUCCUCACCAAUGAAGUCAUUGGCAAGAUUGGGGUAGCCAUCAUUUGUCGCUGUGUUUUUGCUGUUCUCCCUUCCCUUUUCCUGCUUAAGCGCCUGCCCUUCUGCCGCUCACACCUUCUCUCUCACUCCUACUGCCUCCACCAGGAUAUGAUUCGUCUGGUCUGUGCUGACAUCCGUGCUAACAGCUGGUUUGCACUUGUGGUGGUGAUGCUCAUUAUUGCAAUUGAUCCAUUGCUCAUUUUGCUAUCUUACACAUUUAUCCUGAAAAGUAUCUUGGGGACAGCUACCUGGGCCGAGAGACUAAAGGCCCUCAAUAACUGUUUGUCCCACUUUCUAGCUGUUUUGGUGCUGUAUGUCCCCAUGGUUAGUGUAUCUAUGACUCACCGCUUUGCUAAGCAUACUUCUCCACUGGUCCAUGUGGUCCUGGCCAAUAUCUACCUGUUGGCACCUCCUGUCAUGAACCCCAUCAUUUACAGUGUAAAGACCAAGCAAAUUCGCCAAGGAAUCUUUCACCUCCUUUUCCAGAGGAAAGGGCACUAA